AUGUCAUCGGAUGACACCAAAAAGCCACCUGAAGAUAACAAAAACCUAUCCGAGGACACCAAAAAGUCAUCCUCGUCUAGAGUUAAUUUUAUGAUUCAAGAAGCUUCUAAACUUGAAGUUUCUGGCAUUUCACAAUUGUAUAAUUGUGUUCGACAACGUAUGAUGGAUGUUGGUUUAUUAGAGGAUAAUCGAAAUCUUAGAAAUUCCAUUGAUGCUCCAUGGUUAGAUGAUGAAGCGAUUCAAUUAAAAUUAUAUUAUCAAGAAGCUAUAACACUAUGGACAACAUGGCCAACAUCUUCAUGUGCUGAAAGAAUUAAAUUAAUUCGUAAACAAUUAAAUGAAAAAUUAAUUAAUUUACGUUAUAAAUGGGAAGAGAAAAUUCAUAAUUGUCGUAUAAUGGAUAAUAGAAAUGCUGAAAAAGCUUUAAAAUUAAAUGCAACACAAUAUAAUGAAUUAUUAUUAUUUACAUCUGGUCAAGAACAACAACUACACCAACAACAAAAUAACGCUCCACCAUAUUGUUCAAUGCCUGCUUCCUCUUCAAACAAGAGAUCCCAUUACAAUUAUCAUCCAUAUAAUUUAAAUGAAAAUCAUCAUUAUCAUCGUCAACGUCAUCAUCAUUACCAAGAUUCAUUAAAUAUUCCACGAACUAUGAUGAAACAAUCUAAUCGUCAACCAUUUAGUUAUUAUAUUCCAAAUGAUGUCAAUAUGACACCUCAAGAUAAUCGACGUAUUCAUGGGGUAGCAUAUCAAAACUAUUUCCAUGGAUCAUAA